AUGUUUUUGUUCGAUUGGCGGUAUACGCUUACUUUUACAAUCAUGCUACAUUGUGCCGCCAUGGGUGCCUGGAUUUCGUGGCGCAAUUUAAACAACAACAUGUUUAAGAGAUAUCAUAAUCUUAGACAAAUCAGAGAUAACAAGAUCCCUUCUGAAGAGAUAUCAAAGCACCCAGUAUGGGCGAAGCUGGAUGCCGUGGACUGCGGCGACAGUGCAGCAGAUCGUAUUAUUGGUGGACUCAAUGCUGGGCUGGGCGACUUCCCCUGGAUAGCACGUCUUGGAUAUCUUGAAGACGAUGAGAUAGACUACAUGUGUGGAGGUGCCCUGGUCACCGACCGCCACGUGGUCACUGCCGCCCACUGCGUACAGAAGUCAGACUACGGAUUGGUCUUAACCACAGUCCGAUUAGGUGAACAUGAUACACGGACGGAUCCAGACUGUGAACUCAAAGUAUGUGCACCUGCAGUACAGGACCGAGGAAUCAAGAGGAUCAUCAGUCACCCUCAGUUCAAUAAGCCCGCCUUCCACAACGACGUCGCCAUUAUCGAGUUGGAUAAACCAGUUACAUUAAAUAACUAUGUGACACCUAUCUGCCUGCCCCGCACAGCGGAACAGCUAAUGAACUUUAAAAUUGGAGAUGAGAUGACAGUCGCUGGUUGGGGGAAGAUGAACAUGACCACAGAGGAACGAGCUAAAGUAUUACAGUUUGUAAAUAUACCAGUAGUAGCCCCUACGAUGUGUGACUCGUUCGGUAAAGGAUUCAAAUUGUUCGAAUCAGAGAUCUGCGCGGGUGCAGAACAUAAUAAGGACGCUUGCGGUGGUGACUCAGGAGGUCCACUCAUGAAGGUCUUUGACACGCCCGAAGGUCCCAAAAACUAUUUGGUCGGAGUAGUGUCAUUUGGGCCCACAAUAUGUGGUAUCAAGAAGCCUGGAGUCUACGCGUCAGUGGCAUACUUCCUCAAGUUUAUAUUAGAUAAUCUAGUCUAA